AUGCUGCACCAGCGUCUCGCAACUACCCUCCUCUUCGCGCUCGCCAGCACGCUGGUACACGGAGCCCGUCAGGUCAAAGUCCAUGGCCACAACGAUGCCAAGGUCAUCUGGAUCUCUAAAGACCCGAAGAAAGAUAUGUUCCCGGAGAGGCUGGACUCUGAGAUCAUCUUCCCAGUGAACGACAAGGGGGUUGUGCAGGGCGAGGUACGCGUGCAGUUCGAGGGAACAUCGGUGGGGCCGUCGAUGUCUUCUCCUCGCCGAGUCUCUGACUGCCGUUUCGAGGGAGCCCUCGAAGAGGGCUACGACGAAAUUUCUUGGGUCAUCGCGCAAGAUGCGAGCUGGCUCCACCCCUGCUACAACCACCAUGGUCUCACCCUCACGUGUGACCCCCUGCCGUCGUGCGAGCCCACGCUCGCUGAUGGGACCAAGAUCACCAAGUUCGACGAGAAGGGUCCAAAGGCGACAUAG